UUUCUAUUCAAUAUUGCAGGAGACGUUUCAGGUGAGCGAGGGGAGGGCGACAGGUUAGGUACAAGUGCUUUUCUUCACGUUUGGGAGCGAGCGACUUAUGGGUCAAUCCAACAACCACGACUAGCAAGAUGGAUUAAAUACAGUGAUUUGUAAAGAAGUACUCCUCGGUCUAACGGGUGAAACUUUAAGUACUGGAUAAGCCACAGCCAGGCUUUUCAUUCGUCUUCGAUACGAAAAACAUGGCAUCAUCGAGUUCUUCUUCCUAUCCGGGUGGCUACGACCCGUCCGCUACCGCUGAUCCGCGAUUUUCUACUGGUGCUUACUUUGCAAGGGGCCAAGUAGCAGGAGAAGCGCCAGCACCACAAUCAGCCGAAUACUAUCGGGAUAAAACGCAGGAGAGUUUGCGGAAAACCCUCAAUACCCUGAAGGCAACGGACGAGGUCGCGACGAAGACAUGCUUGCAGUUGGACGAGCAAACAGAGCAGAUUCAGCGAGCGCAGUCUUAUGCCGAUACGGCGGAGUCGAACCUUGACACGAGCGAGAAGAUUCUCAAAAGCAUGUCGUCGUGGUUUGGGUCUCUGCAGGGUGCUUUUUCAUCAACUUUAGACUCAAAUGAGAAAUUUUUGGAAGAAAAGGCGAGGGCGGGAAAGCCAAAUGAUACACGUACACAAGGCACAACAGGGCAGGAGCAGCCACAAGAGUCAUCCAUCUUGGGCAGUUUUUUCGGUGGCAGCGUGGGAGCCAGUGCUAGCUCAGCCACUGAGCUGUUCAACAGCGUAUUUUCGACUGGAGGUUCAGCAAGUAGUGAUCCUGGUUUUACGGCGUCUGCUUCAAAUCCUUCUUCGUCAUCAACUGGAAGCAAUUUUGGACCAUCAGGAGCAGGACUUCCUCGCGCGCCACCAAGUGCACUUGGUGGUGCUGGAAAUAUUACAAGACAACUAGGGCCAGCUACAGGCGAGGAUGAGGAUCUGGCAAUGAUGGAGCAGCUUGUUGGAGGUCUCAAGGAAAAGUCUCAGGCAAUGGGGCAGGCCCUCUCUAUGCACAACCAAAUGCUGGAGAGACUAAACGACACGACCGACCGGAAUAUCCAAAAGAUGGAUCAUAAUCAGAUGAAAAUGAAACAAAUUCUCAGAUAGCAUUCUCGUCCUCCUGUUUAGUCGCUACCCAAUUUACCAAGCGAAACCUUAACCGUCCUAUAGAUACAAAGACAAACAACAAGAACAAUGAAUGUCC